CAAACAAAACGACCGCUUUCUAUCUCUUCCCUUCGCUCUGUGUGCGCAUGUUUGUGUGUGGGUGUUGUGUAUAUAUUCUUUUCUUUGUGUAAGGAUCUCGCCAUCGUCAUCAUGCUCUGAUUUUCUUUCUUUAUUAGGGUUUGCAGUUUGUCUGUCUCUUUGUCGGUUCAUCUCGUUUCGUUUUUUGAUCUUCUGAGUCCACCGACAAUUUCCCGAUGGAAGGCGAGGCCGGGGAAUUUCACGACGAUUGGGAGGUGCUCCAGAGCUCCGACGAGGCUGCCUCUGUUAACUCGUCUGAGUCGGUCGACAACGCGAGGGCUUGGGACUUGGAGGGGAUCGAUGGAGGUGGGUCUGAAGGUAUGAUUCGAGCCGAUUACUUCUCUCUCGAUUCCCAGGGCAAGUACGUCAAGACUGGCGUUGCUGCCAGCGAGGAGGCUUCGGUUGAGUCUGAUAAUCCGAGUUGGAUUGAUCCUGGGACUGAAGCAACGUAUCCCAGGAAGGAAUCGUGCGAAUUUUGGACUGAUUCCGGGAGCGAUCACUCCGAUGGUGCGAAAUUUGGCGAAUUUGACCCUAAACACGAAUUAGGUUUUACUGAGACUGGAAAAAUUGGAGCGGAGGGUGAGGAUUUGGGAAAAUCCCUCCCUCAUUCUGGGGGAAUCGGGCCACUUUCUGCGGAAUUUGGGGACUCGGGGAACCGUGAUGUGAUGGAUCUUGGUGAUGCUGCAAAUUCCCCAAAUCAGUCGGAGCUACCGGAGCAAGAAAAUGUGGACGUUGGAGCAGGGAAGAGCGGCGAGGGAGAUAAGAGGAUUGUUGCGUGGUGGAAGGUUCCACUUGAGUUCUUGAAAUAUUGUGCUUUCAGGGCCAACCCAGUAUGGACCUUCUCGGUGGCUGCAGCUGUUAUGGGCUUUAUUAUCUUGGGACGCCGAUUGUAUAAAAUGAAGCGGAAGAGGCAAAGCUUGCAGCUGAAGGUUACCAUGGAUGAUAAGAAGGUAUCUCAGUUCAUGAGCCGGGCUGCACGUCUCAAUGAAGCUUUCUCAGUGGUGAAACGGGUGCCAGUCAUCCGGCCAUCUCUGCCUGCUACAGGAGUGACUCCAUGGCCUGUGAUGAGCCUGAGAUGAAGUUCGGGUUGUGGAAUGGGGAAGCAAAAACAGUUUAUGUAUGUAUGUAUGUAUUUAAGUUCUUGAGGGGUGACAAAAUCCAAAAUUGCCUAGUCAUUAUCUUGUUGCCUGUACAAUUCAUGCACCCUGGGUUGCGCUAUGCAUAAACAUAUAUAGAAGUUGCCGUGAGACUCUCAUCAUUUACAGUGUGCGUAUGAACUUGAAAGUGAAUUUCUUUUUCUAUUGCUUCACUUUGUUA